AUGACUUCCACGACGACCGCUAUCGCCUUGCCAUGGGUUGUGCUCGUAUCCAUUAUGAGUUUCUUCGCUUUGGUUGGCAACAUCAUCGUCAUUCUCGUUAUCAUCCAGGAUCGUUACCUGAAGGGCCACAACUACACUUUCGCUCUCGUUUGCAACAUGGCCAUAUCAGAUUCCCUGUACGUUGGAUUAGCUGUUCCGCUUAUAAUCGCGAGUGCCUUCACACAGGGCAACUGGGAUUUGGGUAAUGCUGGCUGCAAGCUCAUGAUGUUUCUGCCCAAUUUCUGCAUCGCUUCGUCCAUCUACACCAUGGUUUUCAUUGCCCAUGACCGCCGUGUCACCAUAUUGAUCAACCAGCCGAGGGUCCACCAGAAAAGCAGGAUUUAUCUCGAUCCUCUACUCGUCUGGUUCCUAUCACUGAUCAUGGCUGCUCCUGCUUUCUACGAGUACUCGGUCUAUCAGCGCCCGUUAUUCUCUCUGGGGGAUGGGUUGGGAGGAGGCAGCAGCUCCGAAGAGGUUAGGCUCAUGAUAGUGGUUUUUCUUGGUGUAGUCUUCAUCCUCCUAUAG